CAAGUAUACUCGUGUAAAUGAAAGCUAUAAUAGUCUGUGUUAUCUCACUAAUAUAUUCGUGUAUAGCUGUCUUUGGAGCCAAAAGUCUUUAUGAGUGUAAUCAAAAGUUGGAAGCAACCAUGAGUUAUUGCUUUAAAAAGGAGUUAUGGACUACUGGAAUAUACAAAUCCUCUGCGGAUUUAAAAACAAUGAGAACAGUUUGCAUGCAGAAUUCAUAUUGUAAAUCUCUAGCAAAGAAGUGUCUUCUAUCACAACUACAGGGUUCAAAUUUUUACGAUUGUCCAAUCGCCAGAACAUAUAUAAGCUCAAUCAAUCGAAUGUUCCGAUAAAAUUCAUUACGUACUACAUAUCAUAUCAUACUUAUCAUUUCUUAGCCUAUUGACAUUUUCCUCAUGUGUAUACAAAUAAAAUAUUUAUUAUAUUAAA